GUGGGCCUUCUCUAAAAACAAUUGUCAUCCGGCCCAUAGUCAUAUUGUUACUUGUUAGCUUCCAGUAACCUCGGCGGCUCCCUGCUUUCUCCUCUCCCUGGCGUCUCUCUCCUCUCGAUUUUUGCCGCAAAGAUGCUUUUCUUCUCCUACUUCAAGGAAUUGGUGGGUAAAGAAGUGACGGUGGAACUGAAGAACGAUCUCGCCAUCAGAGGAACCCUCCACUCCGUCGAUCAAUACCUCAACAUCAAGCUUGAGAACAUCAAAGUCGUAGACGAUGACAAAUACCCUCACAUGCUAUCAGUUCGUAACUGUUUUAUAAGGGGAUCAGUGGUACGAUAUGUCGAACUCCCCCCUGAUGGUGUGGACGUCGACAUCCUCCAUGAUGCAACAAGGAGAGAAGCUCGUGGAAGCUGAUUCUGCAGCUAGGAAUUUUCAAAUAGCACUUUCGUUGCUGGCCUUGGAUUUUUUUUUUUUUGUCGACUCUUGCCACUUGUGCAAAUGCAAAUUAGUAUCUCAUGUUUGCACCACAUUAUACUGUGAAAUAGUCUUAAACUGCUCUCGGUUUCAGGAUUCAACGUUUUCAUUAUUCAGCCAGUUUUUUGUCUACUGGAAUAA